AAAUUACUUUUGCAAAGACAAUCGGCCACCUUCCACCAAAUGAUAGGUCUAUCCCGACUAAUUUCAAUUUCCUAUACCACACUUCCUCGAACUGUACCUCCUAAUUGCCAGUAACCAACUUGAUGAUCACGAUAAGUGUCACGACAAUAAAAUAUACUCUCUCAAACCCAAGGUUUUUAAUAAGUAAAUUUGUUGUCUGCCAUCGAAAGGAUCUAUCCUCUUGUCUGUACAAACUAUUCAAACCUAUUCACAAUUUCUAGCGCACUCGAUUGCCACUAAGACUUGCUUCCGAUUGGCUUAUUUGGAAUUGAGAAAAUUCUAUAAAUUAGUCAGAUCUAUACCAACUUAAGCCUCUUCCUCACUCUCUCCCAAUUUUAUGUACCUUCGAUAGAUUCGGUAGGCAAACCAGGGAGAGGAUUCAAGCAGAGCCCUAAUCCACAUUAUCAGAGGCGGAUAUUUUUUCUUCAUAAAUCCGCUGGCAAUUGCAGGAAUUUCAAGGUUCUCUUAAGAGCUAAAUUAUUGGCAAAGCUGCAAUGGAGAAAUUGAUGGAGGCAACUACAAUUGCUCAUUUUUCAGGCCUUCUUUUAGAUGACCUGCGACCUACUACUUCAACAGUUAAAGAUGCACUGAAGCAACCAUUUGUUAUUGGGGUUGCUGGUGGUACAGCUUCCGGAAAGACUACGGUUUGUAACAUGAUCAUUUCACAACUUCGCGAUCAACGUGUUGCUCUUGUGAAUCAAGAUUCAUUUUAUCAUGUUUUGAAUGAAGAAGAGUUGAAGCACGUUUCCGACUAUAAUUUUGACCACCCAGAUGCAUUUGACACAGAGCAGCUACUUGAUUGCAUGAUGAUGUUAAAGCAGUGGAAGUCAAUUGAUAUUCCUAGCUAUGAUUUCAAACAUCAUCGAAGAUGUGUGCCUACCCGAAAGGUGAAUCCAUCAGAUGUUAUCAUAUUAGAGGGAUUAUUGGUUUUCCAUGAUCCACGGGUCCGUGAGUUGAUGAACAUGAAGAUUUUUGUUGACACAGAUGCUGAUACACGUCUUGCAAGGAGAAUAAGGCGUGAUACAGUCGAGAGAAAUAGGGAUGUAGGAUCAGUCCUUGAGCAGUAUUCGAAAUUUGUGAAGCCAGCAUAUGACGAAUUUAUAUUGCCAUCAAAGAAGUAUGCAGAUAUUAUCAUUCCUCGUGGAGGAGAUAACCAUGUUGCUAUUGAUUUGAUAGUGCAACAUAUUCGAACAAAGCUUGGGGAACAUGAUUUGUGUAAAAUAUAUCCCAAUCUCUAUGUUAUUAACUCUACUUUUCAGAUAAAAGGAAUGCAUACAUUGAUACGUGAUGUUAAAACUACCAAGCAUGAUUUUGUAUUCUAUGCAGAUAGGCUGAUUCGUUUGGUUGUUGAACAUGGUCUUGGUCAUCUUCCAUUUACAGAAAAGCAGGUGAUCACUCCUACUGGAUCAGUCUAUAUUGGAGUUGACUUUUGUAAGACGCUAUGUGGUGUGUCAAUAAUCCGCAGCGGUGAAAGCAUGGAGAAUGCAUUGCGGGCAUGUUGCAAAGGAAUUAAAAUUGGAAAAAUUCUCAUUCAUAGAGAUGGAGAUAAUGGCAAACAGCUGAUAUAUGAGAAGCUGCCAAAAGACAUUUCGAAUCGUCAUGUGUUGCUCAUGGAUCCAAUUCUUGGAACAGGAAAUUCUGCUGUGCAAGCUAUUCUUUUGCUGCUGGAGAAAGGAGUACAAGAAUCAAACAUCAUUUUUCUUAACCUUAUAUCUGCCCCUGAAGGAAUACACAUGGUCUGCAAAAAGUUUCCAAGGCUUAAAAUUGUGACAUCAGAAAUUGACAUGGCAUUGAAUGAAGAGUUUCGAGUGGUUCCAGGGAUGGGAGAAUUUGGAGACCGUUACUUUUGUACAGAGGAUGAUAUUCAAACUACUUGCUAUAACAGUCCCUAUGCAAAUGGUACCCAUGCAGUAUGAACAACUAGUAAAAAAUUCUAUACCGAACUGUUUAUGCAAGUUUCCUGUAAUGGUCAGUUGCUAUUUGCGGUUGAUAAAGUUCAUCUCUUACAUGGCCUUAAGAUUCGACUGCCAGCCUGGCUACAAAGUGUCUUGUUCUGUAAAGUGAGCUAAUCCCUUCUUGCUCGUUGUUCCUUGUUUGUUUGCAUUUCCUACCUAGAAAAUCCACCUGGGACUUCAGUCAUAUAUUAAUAAUGGAGGGAUGCAGUUUCUUCCACUCAAAGCAGAAGAUAAUGUGAUUUUUUUUUUUUUUUCAUCACGGUUUCAUCCAGUGAAAGCAGAGGUCACAUUUUUGUUCUCUCUGAGCAAUUCAGUCAGAAUUAAUAACUAAUGUAACUUUGAUAUUCAUACUUAUUAUCCUCAGCAAUUAAAAUGGCCACAUUCCACA